AUGCGACCCAUCGCGGGAGGAGGGAAGGUGGGGAGGUUUGUCUCGCUCGGACGCGUGGACGCGGGCUCGGAGGGAGAGCGUGGGCGCGAUUGCUGGGGACGCGGGACGAGCGACGCGGGCGGGAAACCGAGCGCGCGGUACGAGGACGCGAGGGGGUGGGACGGACGCGAUGAUGAUCGAGAUCGGCGCUCGUUCGAUCGUCGGGGGUACGGUGACGAUUACGGGAGAGGGGGGGAGGAUCAUCUCGAUCGAAGGAGGAGCUACGACUCGCGCGGCGGAGCCGACGUCGGAAGUUGGCGGAGCGAGCGUAACGGGUACGGGUUUCGCGAUCGGGACGAUGGAUUUCCCAGAGGAGGACGUCUCAGCGCGGAUCGAGAGAAGACAUGGCGACGUCGAGAGGAACCGGAACCGUUGAAACCGGUAGAACCUUCGCCGCCGCCGCGCGCUCGGCAGAGCGUGGACGUUAAACGCACCGCCGAGGGUGCCCUGGACAAGUUACACAUCCCGCACGGAGACUACGAGUGGGGUCAGGAAGAAGACGAUUUCGGUGAAAUCCCUUCGUGGCUGCAGCAGCAGCAGGACGCCCGGAGCUCUGAGCGGGGGACGAAUCAGGUUCCGGCGCCUCGCAAGGGCACCUCCCCCGUCCAACCGAAACCAAAGCGAGAGAUGGGUCACUUCAACAGUGCCAAACUUCCAGACCACCUGAAGCAGCCCAAGCGCGCCGAAGGGGAAGAGAAAAAGUUGUGGACGCCGCCGGAACCGAUCGGUGGAGUGAAGAAACGCCCCGAAAAGGCGUCGAUUACGUCUCCAAAGGCCACUCCUGCGCCUAAGGCGGUUCCCAUCGCCAGGAGGAGCCAAGACGAGCCAAGAGCCAUUCCGGAGCCGAAACUGCGCAACAACAAGGCGGAGGGUAAGACAUUGCCAAAGGUCUCUCCGAAGACUCCGCCGUCACCUCAAUUACCGCCAAGCGCGGCGAAAGGGCUGUCCUUGGCUCCUCCAAAUCCGCCGCCACCGUCGCCCCAUCCUCCUCCAAAUUUAUCCAGGGCGCAACCACCUAUUCCACCGGGCAAGCCGCCACCGUUACCACCGAUGCCGCCACCACCGUUGCCACAGGGCAUGCCGCCGGGAGUGCAGCCGCCACUGCCUUCUGGUAAACCACCACCGCUUCCACCAAAACCACAUGCGUCGCCAGACAUGACAAAGCUUUCAAUCUCUGAGAAGACUACGCCGAGCAAGAACGCCGCGAAGAAGAAAAAGGUCCAAAAAGUGCCAUCUUCCGGGAAUGUUUCGAGCUCCGAAGCGAUGAGAGUGAGCGAAGGUUCAGAGAAGCCGAAGGCGAAACCAACGUUGAAGGAGACGUCGCGAGACUCAUCUACAACUGAUCUUUCAUCGGACGGUGGGUCUCAGAAGCCCAAAGUGAAACCGAAGGCAGCGAGUAAGGCAAAGCCGAAGGCGGGACUUAAGGCACCGAAAGGUCAAGCGGAUGCGGCGCAGCAAAGGAACGGCUCUGACGAAGCGAAUCGACGAGUCUCUAUCGACGCGAUUGACAUGUCAAGAGCGAAUAGCAAAAUGACCAUUUGA